GCACUUGCAGUCCGGUGCAGUGCUUGGCGGCAGCGAUAGGUGAGUGGUGUCCAUUCCAGCAUCGCAUAGCUGCACUGCUGCAGCAGUUGGUGCCGUGGCCCGUCAUCGGUCACCGACAACAACCAGCUCCAUCACGAACCUUGGAAGGCGCGCCGAGUCCGUAGAGGUAUCCAUCUCCGUGUAUCGCUGUGUUCGUAACCGACAACGAAUCUCCCAGCAGCAAUCAAGUUCGUCCCACGCGAUUUCUACAAUAUCCUACACGUCAGGCGUUACGCCGAUUCGUACAGUGUCUCCAUCCCGAACUAUCGCAAUUUGCCCGAGCUACGAUAGCUACUUACAGUACCAUCUUCACCGCGACAACCGACCGUGCGCCGGCGCCGACCACUUGCUCGCCUCAUCCAAACCACACUGACGAUAGCUACCUACUCCCGGCCAGAGACGCGAUACCCUCAGACAGACAAAUUGCGCAUUCGGGACAUCCAAAACCAUGUCCACCCCCUCCGAUUCCUACGUCCUCCACGACCACUCCCCGUCAACCGACAACGACGAUGUCGACUCCCUCCCGUCCAUCUCCAGCAGUAUCCUAGGCUCGGACGACUCCGAGUACGACGACGAAUCAGACGCACAAAAGGAAUGGGAACAGAGUCUCGAGCAGCUGCAGCUUCUCUUGAACUUGGUGCUAAUACCGUUCGCGGGCAAGUUUUUGGGGCGCAAGUUUGCUUAUUGGAGUUGGGGACGGUACAUGGAGUGGGCGCACGGGGUCAAGGUCCAAUGGUAUAACAAGACGCUAUUCAACAUUGCCGGUUGGAUAGGAGCUGCUACGCCAGUAUCAGUAUGAGGGAGGCAGACAGGCGACCGUGGUGAUGAGGUACUCGAGUCAAAGGCGACGGCAGCACAAUUCUCGAUACCCUAUUUUUUCGGUAUAAUCUGGGAUACCAGGGGUGGACACAGUGCUCUUUUGGCGUUACGGUAUGGGAACACUAGCAUAAAGGGGUAUGUUUCGUUCUUGCACAGUUUGCGUUGCAUUGGUGGUGAAGAAUUACAGACAUGUGUAGAAUGCAUGUGGACUGUCGUUAUACUUGUGGAAGCAAGCGUUGAAGCUCUGCAGAUACAUCUGAUCAUCAGACAAUGCCAAUUAUACCCAUUACUAUUGCUGACUUUAGGUUCGACUGAUACUAUUAUAACAUGCAGGUUCUGAUCUUCCUUUCCUCGUUCGCCAUAUUAACCCAAGCCAUCACUACGUAAUUACACUGAUCUGGGUAUAAUUGUCGAGGGUUGCGACACCGCACACCCAUGAUGAAGCGAAUAGCUAUCCAUCACCAUAACUCAUCCUUGCUGCCAUAGCCCUACUCAUACCAUCAUCCAAGCAUACCACCAAAACUAUCCAGGCUCUCCAGCUUUCUUCAACACUCUUCCCGAGCACUUUCUCAAGGUUUCCAACCACCACCACCACUCCAUCUCCCCGACCGCCUUAGACGACCACCUGUGACAUGGUCGGCCCGCUCCUCACGCUUCCGCCCGUCCUCCUCCAGCUCAUAAUCGCCAACGUCAACGCCGCCGAGAACGCCGCAAGAAGCAACCACAUGAACACCGUUCCCGCCUGAAUCUCCCUGCACCUCUUCGCAUCAUCGGCACUCCCGUACGCGAUCCACUUAUGUCCAUAAUGAUCAUUCGCAAGAUUUCCACAGUUCGGAGUACCCAACUUGGCCGCCAGCACGAUGCCGGCGACGACGGUGAAGAGCGUGGCGGCGGCGUCGAAAAUGAGCAUGACGAGCGGAAUGGCGACGCUCUGGAAAAUGGCGGCGACUAGGCCGAAGAGAGCGACCACCCACGAGAGCGCGAUGACGAACAUGGUGAAGUUGAUGGCGGCGCGGGCGGUGGUGGAGGCGUCGACAUCGAGGGCGAUGACGUUGCCAAUGAGGCCGGUGAGGAUGAUGAGGAAGAUGAGCUGGAUGAAGCGGAGGAUGAGGGGUAUCACUUCCAUUUUGGCGGUUGGUUUUGUUGGUGUGUGCUUGAUGGGUGUUUGUUUAUUGUUAUUGUUUACAGGUGUUGGAGAGGAAGGAAAGGUUGGGGGAGCUCAGAUAUCACAAGUAAUGUGUCCGAGCAGCAGCAGAACAGUCGUGGCGUUUGCGAUAAGUUGCUUGUAUAAGUUGGAGGUUGAUGGCCCG